GCUGCUCUGCAACGGGUUGGCGAUUUCGAUCAUGCGUCCUACACUCCGCAUCGAUCUCUUCCAUCGCUGCUUCGUGAUCCUUUCGAUCCCUGCUUCCUUAUCUUUUCGAUCUCUGCUUUACGAUCUUCUCGCCCCCUCAUCCUGUACCCAAUUUCUUUAGCCUUCAAGAGUUCUCAAUUGGAUUCACAGUAAACACCCAGAAAUUUAGAGGAUUACUUUUGAGAAGCAUUGUUGGAAACGAUCAUUGUCAACUAUCUGAUUGCAAUGGACAAAGAUUGGCUAACAUUUUCGAGAAAUUAUGUUUGAGGCAUAAUUUGGACAUCAUGCGCAUAGAGAAAAAUGUUUGUGAAAGUAUUGUUGGCACAUUGCUACAUAUUAAAGGUAAAUCAAAGGAUGGACUUAAUUGUCGUAAAGAUUUAAAGGAAUUGGGUAUUCGGCAUGAUUUAUGCAUAACUGAAGAGAAAGGAAAAAAGACGAAACUACCUCCAGCACUUCACAACUUCUCUAAAGCAGAGAAACAUAUUUUCUGUAAGAGGUUGUUCGAUAUGAAGGCCGAAAUCAAGACUCCAUGCAAGACCAAUGUGGGACAGCCCUCUCCGGUGACUCCAAGGCCAUCAGAGCAGCUUGGCGGAACUGAGGGCUUGCCGAGCUUCCGUUCUCCCAAAAAGGCCGAAACCUAUGUGGGACAGCACUCUCCGGUGACUCCAAGGCCAUCAGAGCAGCUUGCCGGAACUGAGGGCUUGCCGAGCUUCCGUUCUCCCAAAAAGGCCGAAACCUAUGUGGGACAGCACUCUCCGAUGACUCCAAGGCCAUCAAAGCCGCUCGCCGGAACUGAGGGCUUGUCGAGCUUCCGUUAUCCCAAAAAGGUCGAAAUCAAGUCUCCGUACCCGACCUUGGUGGGACAGCCCUCUCCGGUGACUCCAAGGCCAUGAGAGCAGCUUGCCGGAACUGAGGGCUUGCCGAGCUUCCGUUCUCCCAAAAAGGCCGAAACCUAUGUGGGACAGCACUCUCCGGUGACUCCAAGGCCGUCAGAGCAGCUCGCCGGAACUGAGGGCUUGCCGAGCUUCCGUUCUCCCAAAAAGGUCGAAUUCAAGUCUCCGUACCCAACCUUUGUGGGACAGCCCUCUCCGGUUACUCCAAGGCCAUCAGAGCAGCUUGCCGGAACUGAGGGCUUGCCGAGCUUCCGUUCUCCCAAAAAGGUCGAAUUCAAGUCUCCGUACCCGACCUUUGUGGGGCAGCCCUCUCCGGUGACUCCAAGGCCAUCAGAGCAGCUUGCCGGAACUGAGGGCUUGCCGAGCUUCCAUUCUCCCAAACAAGGAAGAAAAUAUCGGAAAUAUCGGUAGUCCGAAAACACGGAAAUAUCGAUGGAAAU